UGGAGUUUCGUGGAGAACUUUAUGCCGCCGUGAGACGCGGCUCUGUGCAUCACAGGUUCACACGCGAGACCGCUGUGAUUUCCACGUCGGUGCGUGUGACGCGAGCGGGCGAUGGACAGCUUUUCCACGCAACUCUCUCGGAUUAGCAAAUCUGACGUUCGUGGCCCGACUCGCACGCGGGCAGAGGAAAAGUGGGUGUACGCACUAGUUGUGUUGCGUGUCUCCACGGCGCUUCACUUCGGAUGAGCUCCGCCAGCCGAUGCGCACACCGUAGGAUCCCACCGACGCGAGAAGGCGCGAGGACGACGAGCGGAAGCCUGGUGCGCGGCGGGGCGAGGAGCGGAUGCCUCUCCGCGGAGCCUGCCGAGUUUUUACACUCCGAGCAAACACAGAGACGCGUAAAGGAUCGCGCGCGCGGCUGUCUCUUCUUGGAUGUAAUCGAUGGAUGCUGGGCUCCCGCGGAUGGAAGUCCACGCUCGCAUCGCAGGCUGGACUGCACUUCGGACUGAGCCGCUGACGAGGAGAGGCGCACUUUAAACACUUCAUUUCCUCUUUUUUUUUCUCGUCUUCGCACCUUCUCCGUAAAAUGCCAGGAUUUCAUUCACCAUACCCCGUCCAGUUGACGCCAAGCUGCUCGUUUGGAAGGACGCCAGACCUCCAGCCUCUCAAAUCUGCAAGUUCAGUUCAAUGAAUUGUGACAUUGUCUGUCAGCCGUGGAAUAAGAAAUCGAUACUGACGAAUAUUCUUUCGGAAUCUUAACGAUAUAUUUCCGCGCGGUCUCUUAUAAAUAUGCGAUCUGGUUGGAUCAGGUUGCUUUGGUCCUGCUUCACGCCUUUUUAGCUGGAUCAGUGCUGAUGGUGACUGAUUAUUGCUGUUGAUCUUGUCCAUGCAAGACUCGGGGUGGAAACAUGUCUGGCCACUUCUUUGAGAGGAUCACUGCUAUCAGAGAUGGCAUUUUGGUCCAGCACUUCGGUUUUUACCUCUAAAGUGCCCCGGAAAAUCUUAUUCAUGUUCACCCUCUCCCUCUCUGUCACCUACUUGUUCUAUAGCUUGAUGAGCUGCUACAACUCGCUGCAGUUCCCCCUGCAGGAAAACUACGUGUUUCAGGGGAGGCUGGUGACGGAGGAGACAACUUUUGUGACAUUGAGGGAGAAACUUUACUCCGCGUCCCCGGGCUUCACCGAAUUCACCGAGGCCGAGAGAACCACCGCGGUUUCCAGCGUGAAGGAUCAUGCCGAGGCCGAACAAAGGACCGUGGAGUGGAUUAGGACUCAGGCGUCCCCGACUAAAUCGGCGGCGGCGUUUCACACCAGCGCGCUGGAAAGGGAGCACCAGGAAUUCAGCACCACGGACAGCGAACUCAGGGUGAACUGCACCUCGGAUUACGGAGAGAAGAAACUUCCCCAAGCCAUCAUCAUCGGGGUGAAGAAGGGGGGCACGCGAGCCCUGCUGGAGGCGCUCAGGGUGCACCCGGACGUCAGAGCCGUGGGGAAUGAGCCACAUUUCUUUGACAGGAACUACGAGAAGGGGCUGGACUGGUACAGAGACCUGAUGCCUUCGACGCUGGAGGGCCAGAUCACCAUGGAGAAGACACCCAGCUACUUUGUGACUAACCAUGCCCCAAAGCGUAUCCACUCCAUGGCCAGGGACAUCAAGCUUAUUAUUGUAGUCCGUAAUCCUGUCACCAGAGCCAUUUCAGACUACACACAGACUUUGUCAAAAAAACCCGAGAUCCCCACCUUUGAGGUUCUGGCUUUUAAGAACCGGACACUGGGCCUCAUCGACGCCUCGUGGAGCGCGCUGCGUAUAGGAAUAUAUGCGCUGCACCUGGAGAGCUGGAUGCAGUACUUCCCCCUCUCCCAAAUGCACUUUGUUAGCGGAGAGCGGCUCAUCGUGGACCCGGCGGGCGAGAUGGCCAAAGUGCAGGACUUCCUGGGACUGAAGCGCAUCGUCACAGACAAACACUUUUACUUCAACAAAACGAAAGGCUUCCCGUGUCUGAAAAAGCCGGAGGACAGCAGCACCCCCCGGUGCCUGGGCAAGUCCAAAGGGAGAACUCACCCCAAAAUCGACCCGGACGUGAUUCGGCGACUGCACAAGUUCUACAAGCCCUUUAACAUGAUGUUCUACCAAAUGACCGGCCAGAACUUUGAGUGGGAGCUGGAGGAGGACGGCGAAACCCGUGGCUCUCAGGACUAGCGGACUGCGGCGCGUCACAGCCACACCACCAGCCUUCUCAGUACGACUGACGUUGUCUUGCUUCAUCUUCAGAGCGAGUGCUUGAGCACGCCGACGAAACCAUGGCUGUCUUUGCAGUGUCUGUAUCCAUUAGCAGGAGUUCUCCAACAUGCUUUUUUCUCUCCCUCCAAUACUAAUGUCGUUGACAAUGGCAAAUCAUUAUUGUACAUACUAAACAUAAAAUAUAUUUAUAUUUGUGAAAAA